AUGGAGGUGGAUGACUCCCCCCCAGGCGGAGCCCGUCCGGGGACUCCGCUCCUGGGUGAAAACUCUGAACCCCCCUCAGGACCUACCACCCCGACCCCCCUACCCCGGAACUCCCUGAAGAGAAGGGCCUUAUUCUCCCCACAGAAGACUCCCACUGCAGCUCCGGUCCCUGUAUCCCAUUUGCCGCAAGCCCCAUCAAUCUGCGAGCAGGUCAGCAUGGUAGCAGAUGACCAGCUAGUCCUUCUUAAUGAUUGGAAACUAGCAAUGACCUCUCUUGCUAAAGCUCUAGAUCUAACUGUCUCCUCUCUACAGGGCCGCCCAAGAGACCUGGCCCGGGGGCUUGCAGCCAGAUUUGUUUCCCUAGCAAAACAGGACUCCCCUCAGCUGAUUCCUCUGAUGACAGCAGCUGCACCCCCACAGCCAUCCAGGCAGAUAGAACAGCCAAACCAACCUCCCACUCCUGAAGCUUGUGAAGGCCCCCUGAAGAGGCAAACCUCGCAGCCUACAACCUGGGCAUCCCUGACAGCCCCAAGAGCUGGUCAGGGGAACUGGCAAACUAUUGCCCCAGAACACUGCAAGGUCUUUUUACUGUCAGAGAAGGCUGCAAGCCUAGCUGGGGAUGGAUACUUUGAAAUACUAACAGAGUAUUACCAGGUUAUCAUCCCCUGGAUCCCGAAACAACUCUGGUCCCUGGAUAGAUAG